GGAAUUGCGACCGCCUAGACUGCCUGUUUAAAGGCUGACGAGAAUCUAUCUUUGCUUUUUGUUCCGGAGUUAAGAGAGGAUGCAUCUCGUGGUGCUCCCAGGGCAGUGAUGUGCUGGUUUCAUAGCCUAGCUGGCUCCUUAGCCGUGGGGGUCGCGGUCACGUUCCGGGAUGCCCUGGCACGCCUCCCGAAAGGGCGUGAUCUUGAGGCCCCGCCCGCGCCCGGGGUGGGAGGACCUCCUUUUCAGCGCAGAAACCGGGGGAGCCCAGCCGGCGCCGCCAGCCGGACUCCGCCCAUCCGAGGCUCCGGCUCGCUCAUUGGCUGUAUCCGUGGUGACGUCGUACGGUUUACAGACAGUACUCCGAGCGCCAGGCGCGCGGGAGGUAUUGUACUUCACCCCGCUUUGUUCCGUCGUCUGCUCACCUGACCCUAGGUGCGUCCCGGCGGUGCAAUCCGGAGCGGGUGCCAGCCGCCGCCGCCGCCGCCGCCGCCGCCGCCGCCGCCGCCAUGGUGUCCCCGGUCACUGUGGUGAAGAGCGAGGGACCCAAACUGGUGCCCUUCUUUAAGGCCACCUGCGUGUAUUUUGUGCUCUGGCUGCCCUCAUCCAGUCCGUCGUGGGUCAGUGCCCUUAUCAAGUGCCUACCCAUCUUCUGCCUCUGGCUUUUCCUUCUGGCCCAUGGCUUCCGAUUCCUGCUGGCCCACCCCAGUGCCUCCCUCAUCUUUGUGGGGCUCGUCUUCUCUGCUGUGGGUGAUGCCUUCCUCAUCUGGCAGGACCAUGGCUACUUUGAGUAUGGUCUGCUGAUGUUUGCCGUGACACACAUACUUUAUGCUUCGGCCUUUGGCAUGCGGCCACUGGCUCUCCGGACAGGUCUGGUGAUUGCAGUGCUGUCCGGGUUGUGCUAUGCUCUGCUCUACCCAGGACUGUCAGGUGCCUUCACCUACUUGGUAGGGGUCUACGUGGCCCUCAUCAGCUUCAUGGGCUGGAGAGCUAUGGCAGGGUUGCGGCUGGUUGGCGCAGCGUGGCGGUGGACGGAGCUGGCGGCCGGCAGCGGUGCGCUGCUUUUCAUCAUCUCAGACCUGACCAUCGCUCUCAACAAGUUCUGCUUCGCUGUGCCCUACUCUCGGGCACUCAUCAUGUCUACUUACUAUGCUGCUCAGAUGCUCAUUGCCCUGUCAGCUGUCGAGAGUCGGGAGCCGGUGGAAGACUACAGACUGAGCAAGGCCAACUGAAGAAGGGGCUGGGGUCUGCUCACCUUUCUCCUGGGGCUGGACUCUGGGAGUG